GCCUGCGAAGAACUUCUCCCCAUAUCGACCAGGAUUUUGUGUGCAUGUAUGUUUUAACAGAAACUUUACCCGUAAAAAUGUGACACAGACAACAGCAAACGAAUAGAAAUACGUUGUGUUGUGUAUAUGUGAAUAUAGUGUACACUAAUCGAAACAUUGCAUCCGCAUAUUUGCCAGAAAGGGUGUUUCGCUGGAUGUAGGCUGUGCACUGCUGGCGGCCAGAUGUCGAAUUAUCCGGCGUUUCCUACAUUUUACCGGGAUGGGCAUUUAAAGGUUUGAAAUUCCAUUGUACAAGAGCAGUUUGGAAGAGACAAGGGACCAAAGCAUUUUCAGAAGAACCGAGUCGCAGAAACAUGUUGUGUAGGGUGCUUUCGUUGUUUGUGUUGUGCUGUCUGGGGCUGUUGGAACAGACACCUCCCGGGGCUUCAACCGGCGUGGUGCCCAGUGCUACAAGAACUUUGGUAUGGGGUUCUGGACUCCAGGCAAAUGUUGUCCUUCCAGCUCGUUUCUUCUACAUACAGACUGUGGACAGCUCGGGGAGAAAGUAAGUAUGUCGUCAUUCUUUAAGGAAACCUCCCAGACGAUACAAAGCGGUUAGCUAGCUACCAAUGGCAUAGGCAGUCGACACAAUGUAGCAGUGGAAUAAUAAAACCACACGUGAAUUGUGAUAGGAAGUGCAGAUAAAGUAGAACCGGGCGCUUACGUCACUGAACAGACACGAAUGUCUGUGUCCCUAGGGAUGGAGAUAGAUAGUAUUCGGGGACAACACUCAUUGAACCCAUCUUUGUGGCACCUCUCACUUGGUCAAAUCAGGUGUCGCGGGUCUGGGUUCUCAGCGCAUUUCACAUUUUUCUCAUGUCUGUCUUCUCCAAAAGUAUAAAUUGGCUGUUACACAUUGUUCUAAAUAAGUGUCCUCCACAGUAAUGCCAUUGUUGUUUUGGGUGUUUACUCACGAGGUUCACUUUUGGCCUACAUAAUUGUAACCUAAUUUAACAGUUUUACAUGCAUACGUCACCUGGAGUUUAUACCACAGAUAGGCCUAUAGUGCCUUCAGCAGGUAUUCACACCCCUUGACUUUUUGUUUUGUUGCAGCCUGGAUUAAAUUUAGAUUAUUAUUUUUUGUCACUGGCCUACAAACAACACCCCAUAAUGUCAAAGUGGAAUUAUGUUUACAAAUGAUGUCCUGAGCCAAUAAGUAUUCAACCCCUUAGUUAAUGCAAGCCUAAAUAGGUUCAUGAGUAACAAGUCACAUAAAUUGCAGGGACACACUGUGUGCAAUAAUAGUGUUUAACAUGAUUUUUUGUGACAACCUCCAUCUCUGUACCCCACACAUAAAAUUAUCUGUAAGGUCCCUAAAUCAAGCAGUGAAUUUCAAACACAUUCAACCACAAAGCCCAGGGAGGUUUUCCAAUGCCUCGCAAAGAAGGGCACCUAUUGGUAGAUGGGUAAAAAAAUUAAGCUGACAUUGAAUAUCCCUUUGACCAUGGUGAAGUUAUUAAUUACACUUUGGAUAGUGUAUCAAUACAACCAGUCACUACAAAGAUACAGGCAUCCUUUCUAACUCAGUUGCCGGAGAGGAAGGAAACCACACAGGGAAUUGUGGUCCUCUGUAGCUCAAUUGGUAGAGCAUGGCGCUUGUAACGCCAGGGUAGUGGGUUCGAUCCCCGGGACCACCCAUACGUAAAAAUGUAUGCACACAUGACUGUAAGUCGCUUUGGAUAAAAGCGUCUGCUAAAUAGCAUAUUAUUAUUAUUACUAUUAUAAUUAUAUUAUUAUUUCACCAUGAGGCCAAUGGUGACGUUAAAACCGUUAAAGUUUAAUAGCUGUGAUAGGCGAAAACUCAAGAUGGAUAAAAAACACGAGUUACUCCACAAUACUAACCUAAUUGACAGAGUGAAAAUAAAGAAGCCUGUACAGAAUAAAAAUAUUCCAAAACAUGCAUCCUGUUUGCAACAAGGCACUAAAGUAAUACUGCAACAAAUGUGGCGACGCAAUUCACUUUUUGUCCUGAAUACAAAGUGUUAUGUUUGGGGCAAAUCCAAUACAACGCAUUACUGAGUACCGUUCUCCAUAUUUUCAAGCAUAGUGGUGGCUGCUUCAUGUUAUGGUUAUGCUUGUAAUAGUUAAAGUCUGGGGAGUUUUUCAGGAUAAAAAAGAAACGAAAUUGAGCUAAGCACAGGCAAAAUCCUAGAGUAAAACCUGGUUCAGUCUGCUUUCCAUCAGACACUGGGAGAUACAUUCACCUUUCAGCAAGACAAUAACCUAAAACACAAGGCCAAAUCGUCACUGGAAUUGCAUACCAAGAAGACAGUGGCAGAAUUACAGUUUUUACUUAAAUCUGCUUAAAUCUAUGGCAAGACCUGAAAAUGGUUGUCUAGCAAUGAUCAACAACCAAUUUAACAGAGCUUGAAGAAUUUUGAAAGAAUAAUGGGCAAAUGUUGCACAAUCCAAAUGUGGAAAGCUGUUAGAAACUUACCCAGAAAGACUCACAGCUGUAAUCACUGACACAGGUGAUUGUAACAUGUAUUGACUCAGAAGGUUGAAUACUUAUCUAAUCAAGAUAUAUUAGUGUUUUAUUUUUAAUGAUGUGUUUUUUACAAAUGUUAGAAUUUUUCUUCCACAUUGACAUUACAGAGUAUUUUGUGUAGAUCAGUGAUAUAAAAUUACAAUUAAAUCAAUUUUAAUUCUACUAUAACAAAAUGUAGAAAAAGUCAAGGGGUGUGAAUACUUUCUGAAUGCACUAUAAUCUGAUUUGUAGAUACUAUUGUGAUCAUAUGAUGGCCAUCAGCUCAGCCAAAUAUAAUAUGCUCAGCUCACAGGCCUACAUGUUGUUUCCCUCUCAUGUUUGUAUAUGUCGUUGUGUAUGCCAUUCAGUUUCACAUCAUCUCCCGGAGAGAACACAUUUGAGGUGAAGAUCAUGUCCCCAGUGGAACAGUUCACUAGAAUCUGGGUGCAGGUUCUAGAUCGCAAAGAUGGCUCCUUUCUGGUGCGCUACAGAAUGUAUGCCAGCUACACAGACCUACACAUCCACAUACUGCUCAACGACAAGCACGUCGCCACGUCUCCAUUCAUUCUGAAAGGUAAACCAACAAACUCUCUUUCGCUCUCUCUCUCUCUCUGUCUCCCUCUCUCCCUCUCUUUCUCUCCCUCACUCUCUCGGUCUCUCUUCCUCUCUCUCUCUCUCCUUGUCUUUGUCAAUUCAAUUCAAAAGGCUUAAUUGGCAUGGGAAGUGUUACCACAUACAUUGCCAAAGCAAACAUAUAGACUUAUCAAAUCAAUGGUGAUGCAGAUAGAUAAUAAUAGGAAAAAUUAUAAUACUCAAUGAGUAAUAACAAUUAACAGGACAAUAUAGUAAUAAAUGAAUGAGGACAAUAUUUAAUUAGUGAGACACAGGUAGCAAUGGUAUUGUCCUGGUUGGUCGUUCCACUGGCUGUCCCUACGGGUGUGGCAGGAAGCAACAUUUUUUGCAGCUAAUAUGGCACAAAGGGGUUUUUCUCCAAAUAGAUAUUGGAUUUUCAUCUUUUCUGUUUUUGUUUCAAAAUCUUUGUAUUUGUUUUCAAUUUUUGGGGAAGAAAAUUGCCUGAAAGUCUGCAUAGUUCUCGCAGUGUAGGAGAAAGUACAGCUCUGUCUCGACCUCUCUCUGAGGGCAGAGUGAGCACAAUCUGUCCUCUCUGGGUAGCCAUAUCUACCUGUGACAGCCAGUUUCUAUGGCCAGGCUGUGCUCACUGAGUCUAUACAAAGCCAGUGUUUUUCUCAGAUAGUCUGCCACUGUGUACAGUCUGUUUAGAGCCAAAUAGCAUUUAAGUUUACUUUCGAUUUUUUGUGGUGUCUUUUCCAAUAGGUGAUAUAUUUAGCUUUUUGCUUACACUUGUUUUUAAAUGAUUAUAACUUUUGGUGGCUCUUUUAAUAUUAAUCAGAAGAGGCAAUUGGCCUAAUUCUGCUCUGCAUUCGUUGUUUGAAGUUUUUCUCUGUACUCUGAGGAUGCUCUUACAGAAUUCCGAAUGCAGGGUUUGUCAAUGCUUUGUAAGCGAACCCCACACUUCACUGCCAUAUAAUGCAGUUGGUUCUAUUAUUGAUUCUAAUAUUUCCAGAUCCUAAUUGGUAUGUCUAAUUUGAUAGAUAUUUUAAUGGCAUAGAGAGCCCUCCUUGCUUUGUCUUUCAGGUCAUUCACGGCCAGGUUGAAGUUUCCUGUGGAGCAAAUUUUUAGUCCCAAGUAUGUGUAGGUGUGUGUGUUCUAUAGGAGUGUUCCCGGUAAAAAAAAGUAUAUAGGUUUCCUUGACAUCUGGACCUUUUCUGCAAUAUCAUAAUGUUUGAGAUUGACUGUCAGUGCCCAGGUCUGACAGAACUUUUGCAGAUGAUCUAAUUGUUGCUGUAGUACCUAUUUUGUGGGUGACAGCAGUACCAGAUUUUCUGUGUUAAGAAUGAGACUGGGGGCUGUUGAUUGCUCAAGCGUUUUGGCAAAUUAAUUUGUAUAAAUAUGAAAUAGACAAGUUGUUUCCAUGUUUUACUCUGCGCCCUUGGGAAAAUAAAUCUGUAUGUUUAUCUCACAUUCUGACUGCACAUUUGUCACUUGUGUGCAUUGAUUUGAUGACAUUAUAUGUUUUUCCACCCACCACUUUCAAUUAAUUUGAGUAAAAUGCCUACAUGCCAAAUUGAAUCAAAUAGUUUUUGGAAAUCUACAAAGCAGGAGAAACAUUGUUUUGUUUUGCAUGUUUAUCAAUUAGGGUGAGUAGGGUAUAAAUAUGGUCUGAUGUUCAAUAAUUUGGUAGGAAUCCAAUUUAACUUUUGCUCAGGACAUCAUGUUCACUGAGAAAGUGUAGUAGUCUGCUGUUCAUGAAGGCGCAGAAUAUUUUCCCCAGGUUGCAGUUGGCACAAAUACCACGAUAAUUGUUUGGGUCAAAUUUGGUGUAAAAUUGGUGUUAUUAGUCCUUGGUUCCAGAUGCCAGGGAAACUGUCUUUCUCUCUGUGAGACACUACUGCAUCUAUAAUGCUACAUGAGGGUCAUCUUAGCUUUCUAUGCUCCCUUCUCCACCCCCUCUCUUUAGGUCCAGUGUACCAUGAUGGUUGUGACUGUCCUCAGCCCAGUGGUUCUGUGUGGAAGGAGGAUAUGCACUGCCCCGUGUCCUUCCCCCAGAUAGAACAGGACCUGGCCCUGUUCCCCAGGGUGGACCCAGACCGCAAUGCCCUGGAGGUGCCCCAGCGUUUCGGACAGAGACAGAGCCUCUGCCACUACACAAUCAAAGACAACAAGGUUAAUGGUAGACCAGGACUCAUAUUCAAAAAUUAUACCAGAGUGCUGAUCUAGAAUCAGGUACCCCCCCUCUCCAUAUAAUCGUAUUCAUUAUGAUUCUAAAAAGCUAAACUGGUCCUAUAUCAGCCCUACUAUUUCUGAAUAUGGGUAAAGGUUGAAGACACCAGAGCCACAUGUUUUAGACACCAGGUAGUAUUGGAAAGGCCCCCCAAUAAGGCUAGAAGACAACGAUUCAUGGUACCUGUAAUCAUGCUAUAACAGACAAACAGGUGUCAGUCAAAAUGCAGCUUUGAAUCUGACUAUACAGGUGUCAGUCAAAAUGUUGUAGAUUUGAAUCCAACUAUACAGGUGUCAGUCCAAAUGUUGUAGAGUUGAAUCUGACUAUACAGGUGUCAGUCCAAAUGUUGUAGAGUUGAAUCCGACUAUACAGGUGUAAAUCAAAAUGCUGUAGAGUUGAAUCUGACUAUACUUAUAAGCUUGGAUUUGAUACAUCUCUAACACCCACUAACUGGAUAUGCUUCAUCUCUUGCUUGAACCGUAUUCCAUAUCCAAACUACAAUAGGCAUGUUCUGGAUAUAUCCACUUUUCUUGUUUCCUUACACAAUGCUGUGUUAACGCCACAAUCCAGUGUGAGUGUGUGUCACUCGAGCGAUGUCACACUGCCCUGGUAAGUGCCACUAGGUUUUAUGCAGUGAGGUUGUGGUGAGCUGGUAAAGAGACGAGGUCAGCAGCAGUUCCCACUCACUACUGUGGUCAUCUGGAAUUACAUACUAGCUCACUUGAAUAUACAUCUACAUAAAUGUGAGCUUCCCAAGAGAUGUUGAUUAUAAGAUGUUGAUACCAUCACUGUUAUGAUUACAGCCAGUAUUGACAAUGUUAUCAGAAUUUUCUAACUUUUUUAUCAUGAACAAUUUCUGUCCAUCCAGGGGUGCUGCACUGCAGCUUGACCAUGUGCUCGUCUCAACAGUGUGAUAUGUGCUGUCUGGGGGAGGGUUAAGAACAGAGCAUAAGACCAUUUUCCAUUGUUUGCUGUAACACAUGGACAAUAAAGUUAAUAUUCUAUUCUAUAUUUCCACCCUUAGGUCUACAUUAAGACGCUAGGGGAGCAUGUGGGAUUCAGGAUCUUCAUGGAUGCCUUCCUCCUCUCACUGACCAGAAAGGUGAGUUCUUGAAAUUAAGUUAAAGGAUUUGUCAUAAGCAUUGAUUUAGGGAAAACUUUGCCACAGAUUGAAACCACUGGCCUAUCUUUGACUUCACCAUCUAUUGUUAUCUCAAGAUUUGGCAUCUUCCAUAAAUUGUAGCCCCGAAUCCACCAUAGAAAUAGUUAGAAAGAAUAAUCCUGUAAUAUGGAUAACUAUUGAAAGUUAGCCGAUAUGUGUUUUUCUACACUGUAAUGGACACGGUGCAACCUUUGGUAGGUAAGCUGCGUGCAGGCUUCGGCUGCUGUACAGCAAAGCCAAGUCAACUCAUGCUUAUGGUUCUCACAGGGGAAGUGAAAUGGUUUCAAUGACUUUGCUCAUGAUCAUGCACGCCGCAAAUGACAUGUAACUAAGUUCCUUGAAUUUUAUUUCACUUCUGGUUUCUAGUUUACGUUACACCAAUCAAAGCAGUGGAGCGUGUAGUGAAGCAAAACUUUAGUGGUCAAAACCAUUAAUCUUGGGGCGACGGGGGAGUAGGUUUGAAAAAUGCUAUCAUAUCACAGAAUAAUACAAUUUUGAAAUAAGUUAACAUUUACAAAUGAUCAAAUGGAUUAUGAGGUGCAAAAACAUAGGUUUGAACCCCCUAUUUUAAUUGCUCAGGUGGUGGACACAAGGCUGUUUGGCUCAUCUCAGUUGCGAAGAGGAAUAACUUUGCCGCUGUUUCUGAUUUAAUAUUUUUUUUAAUGACCAUUUACUUUGGAAUGAGGAAGUCCUUGUUGAGGCAUAGCAUUCACUAUUGAAAGACAAAUGCCCUCCAAGGCUGAUCGGAAGGAGAGGUUUUGCUUGCACCAAUCAGAUUCCUUAGAAUCUGCAAUGACCGACAUGGUGGGAGCUAAUGGAAGGUGUUGGGGUUGAUUCUAGGACAGGCCUGGGUUAGUUGUCCCAGUGGCCACUAGAUGGCACUGCUGACCCAUGAAGAUGGCAGCCUAUGGCAUUUCUGUAAAGAAUAAAUGUGAACUUAAUUUAUAAAGGCUGGGUUAUGUAUCCGGGUAUAUAUAUAUUUUUUAUUUUAUUUUUUUAUAUAUAUUUUUAAGCGUACAAAGAGCAUAUGUAGAACAGAGUAGAAGACACAUUUCCGUUGUUCGCUGUAACAUGGGCAAUAAAGUUGUAAUGUAUUGUAGGUGAUGUACGUUCUAAGCCCAGUGUCUUCUCUCUCACUCUUUCUCACUUUUUUUUUCUCUCUCUCUCUCCCUCUGUCUCUCACUCCCUCUGUCUCUCACUCCCUCUGUCUCCCUUCUCCUCUGUCUGUCUCUUCUCUCUGUCUUCUCUGUCUCUCUCUGUGUGUGUGUGGUCAGGUAGUGAUGUAUGUUCUAAUGCCAGUGUCUCCUCUCUCUCUCUCACUGUGCGGUCAGGUGCGGGUCCCAGAUAUAGAGUUCUUUGUGAACCUGGGGGACUGGCCCCUGGAGAAGAGGAGGCCCUCAGAAAGGCUCCACCCCAUCUUCUCCUGGUGCGGCUCCAACGACACACGCGACGUCGUUAUGCCAACCUACGACCUCACCGAGUCAGUCCUGGAGACCAUGGGAAGGCAAGCACCACUGUUGCUUUCCUCAUUUUAUCUUUGUGUGUCAUCCAUUAUACAGAGGCCCAAGUGAUGCUACAGCCACAAAAAUGUUUUCCCAUAAUGUACUAUUAUGAUAGCGUAUUAGAUUCAAAGGGAAAUGUGAGCUGGACAAAUAAUAUAAUCCAAAAUAGGAUAGUGGGGCCCACACACUCAACUGGUUAGUGACAACAUUUUAAAGAAAAUUAUCUUUAUCAGGUCUGUGUGCUAGCCAAUCGCAUCUGUUGCUCAUUUCGACUUACACGUUUCUCCUCCAAUGAGCAGAGUGAGUCUGGACAUGAUGUCGGUCCAGGCCAAUACGGGGCCUCCGUGGAGGGAGAAGAACGCCACAGCGUUCUGGAGGGGGCGGGACAGUCGCAAGGAGCGCCUGGAGCUGGUGAAGCUGGCCAGGGCUCACCCCGACAUGGUGGAUGCAGCCUUUACCAACUUCUUCUUCUUCAAACACGAUGAGAGCCUCUACGGACCGCUGGUCAAACACGUCUCCUUCUUUGACUUCUUCAAGGUGAGAUAGAUGUGGUGUAGGCAGAAAAGGUAUCCAGUCUUUGCAGAUGAGACAGACUCACUCCCAGGCUAGCUGGAUCAUAAAUUAGAGACCUCGCUGCUUUGGGGUAGGUAAUGAUAAAGUUUGGGUUGAUUACUGAUGUUAUCAAUAUAUUUAAUUUAUAAGUCCAUAAUUAGAAAAUGCACACGUUGAUCAUUUUUACUCUCUUAACGGUGACAUUUGACCAUUUUAUUUAAUGGGGCAGAUAAUUGCUUGUAAAACAAAAAGAACAAGGGUUGAGACUUGUAAAAAUGAGAGAACGGUUUGGAGGAGACUUUAUGCCAGAGAUAAAUGAAAAAAUAGUCGAUUUUAAUAGUUCACUUUACAAGGCAAUUUACACAUGGCAACGCAUGGAAACGAGAGAUCAGUAAAGUGCUUUCCAGUCAUGAAGCCAACAAAUAAAAACAUUGCAGCCUGCAGGUAGAAAAUAUCCUGAUAAAAAUAAAUAUCCUAUAAAUCACAUUGGCUACGCAUGGCCUGUCUGCAACGAACUUGAAACAUUGUAUCAACUAACUUGGGUCCAGCCUGAUGCUGGUGCUAGCAAACUUGCAACAUUGUAUAAAAUAUUCUGAGCCCUCAGAGUUUCCAGCUCCAGUGAGCUUGGGACAGACACAGCUGUAGGCUAUUUUGCGCAAGGGAUAAGAGCUCAUCAGGUAGACCUAUUUUCUGACGUUUCCACUGGAUCAGAGCAUGACAUUUUUCCCUUUCACAUUGAGUGGUUAUCGAAAGGAGGAAGGCCCUAAAAAUUGUCAAAGACUCCAGCCACCCUAGUCAUUGACUGUUCUCUCUGCUACCGCAUGGCAAGCAGUACCGGAGUGCCAAGUCUAGGUCCAAAAGGCUUCUUAACAGCUUUUACCACCAAGCCAUAAGACUCCUGAACAGCUAAUCAUGGCUUCCCGGAAUAUUUGCAUUGUCCCCCCCACCCCACCCCCUCUUUUACGCUGCUGCUACUCUCUGUUUAUUAUCUAUACAUAGUCACUUUAACUCUACCCACAUUUUUUACUUAUCUAUUUUUUACUUAACAAUUAUUUUUCUUAAAACUCCAUUGUUGGUUAAAGGCUUGUAAGUAAGCAUUUCACUGUAUGUGGCAAAUAAAAUUUGAUUUGAUUUGAAAGGGAGAAAGCUGGGAAGAUCAUUCAAAUACAUUGAGGAACUAUUCUCAUUGUAAAAACAGACUUCAUUUGCUUGCUGUUUGAGGUGAAAACAACAUUACUUUGAGUAGCUCCACAGCUCAUUAGUGGUGGUGCAUUAAGCCAAUCAGAAAUACUAUCAGAUCCCCAAAUUGGCACAUUUAUAUGCCUACAUUUGCAGGCCAGGUAGCCUAUAGCCUACUUCUAUGCAUAAUCAGGUGUGCGUCUUUCCUUACACCUCGAUCACACUGUUUGCGCUGUUCUGUGAAGGGAGUAGUACACAGCGUUGUACGAGAUCUACAGUUUCUUGGCAAUUUCUCGCAUGGAAUAGCCUUCAUUUCUCAGAACAAGAAUAGACUGACGAGUUUCAGAAGAAAGUUAUUUGAUUCUGGCCAUUUUGAGCCUGUAAUCGAACUCACAAUUGCUGAUGCUCCAGAUAAUCAACUAGUCUCAAGAAGGCCAGUUUUAUUGCUUCUUUAAUCAGCACAACAGUUUUCAGCUGUGCUAACAUAAUUGCAAAAUGGUUUUCUAAUGAUCAAUUAGCCUUUUAAAAUGAUAAACUUGGAUUAGCAAACACAACAUGCCAUUGGAACACAGGACUGAUGGUUGCUGAUAAUGGGCCUCUGUACGCCUAUGUAGAUAUUCCAUUAAAAAUCAGCGAUUUCCAGCUACAAUAGUCAUUUACAACAUUAACAAUGUCUACACUGUAUUUCUGAUCAAUUUGAUGUUGUUUUAAUGGACAAAAAAAUUGCUUAUCUUUCGAAAACAAGGACAUUUCUAAGUGACCCCAAACUUUUGAACGGUAGUGUAUGUAAUGGGGAAUUGAUAGACACUAACAAUCAAGGCAAACAAUUCACACAAUGAAGUUAUGAAACAAUGAAUGUGCACAAAUCGGCGGGAGAGAGCGCAUUGGAGAGAGACUUACAUUGUGCAUAUUAGCUACACUCCCCUUCUUCUUGGACUGUGCCAUCCACGCGGCCUCCGCAAUGGAUUAGUCUCAGCCUCUGCAAUGGAUUAGUUCACUGAGAUGGCCGCGAAUCAGACAGGUGUCUCGUGUGCCAUUGAAAAAUAUGUAUUUGCUACUGCUCGACAAAAAAAAAAGCUCAGUUGACCAACAGCCAAUUGCCCAAACAAUCAACCAUUCGACUAAUUGGGGUCAGCCCUACUGGAUUUACAAUCAUUUAAAAUUGAGAUUCUCCAUUGAGUUUGCUUUUUAGUCCAGGAAUAGGCUUAAUCUGUAUCUGGUAAACCAGCCCUUUCAACCCCACAGGAAAUGUGUCAGGAACAAGCAUAAACACCCCAAAAGACUGAUUUUAAAAUGUAACUGAACACUCUUACCACCCCACCUCUGUCUCCUCUGACAGUAUAAGUACCAGAUCAACAUAGAUGGCACGGUGGCAGCCUACAGACUGCCCUACCUGCUGGCUGGGGACAGUGUGGUGCUGAAGCAGGACUCUGGUUACUAUGAACACUUCUACAGCCAGCUCAGACCCUGGGUACACUACAUCCCCAUCAGAGCAGACCUGGCUGACCUGCAGGAGAAGAUCCAUUGGGCCCGUGAGCAAGAUGAAGAGGUGAUGAUUGAUGAAUACGCUGUUGGAUUUGUAAUGUACUUCAAAGUUUCAAACAUAUUGCGGGAACAUACAGUAUGUAGGCACACAUUUUCCCCAUUCUGUUCAAAAGCUCAGUAUGAUCUCGCUCUUCCAGGCAAGAAAAAUCGCAGUAGCCGGUCAACAAUUUGCCCGAAAUCAUCUGAUGGGGGACAGUAUAUUCUGUUACUACUACAAACUCUUCCAGGUAACAUUUCACUUUACACUACGACUACAUUGAUUAACUCUAUAUACUCUGUAUACACUCAAGAUUCAGACCCCGUCGAUCACAAGGCUGCACACUUCAGAUUAGAGAUGUAUUUAGUAAGUAAGUUAAGAGUUUGCCUUUGUGGAGAAACUUGAGAACCUGGAUAACUGAAGGUAGUAGGUACACCUGCAGGGCGGCAGGUAGCUUAGUGGUUAAGAGCGUUGUGCCAGUAACCGAAAGGUCGCUGGUUCUAAUCCCCGAGCCGACUAGGUGAAAAAUCUGUCGAUGUGCCCUUGAGCAAGGCACUUAACCCUAAUUGCUCCUGUAAGUCGCUCUGGAUAAGAGCGUCUGCUAAAUGACUAAUUAUUAUUAUUAUUAUUAUUAUAAUUAUUACACAGGGCUGUGGCGGUCAUUACAUUUUGUCAGCUGGUGAUUGUCAAGCAAAUAACUGCCGGUCUCACGGUAAUUGACCUUUAAUUAACAUAAACACAUUUAACAUCUCCUGGCUUCCACGCAUAGCCUACAAGCCACUGAUGCAGACCUUUGGAACAUCUACAUUUUAAAAAGUCUAAUAAAUCCAUGUAAAAUAGCCUACACCAUCACAAUAAAUCCAUUAUUUAUUUUAGACAGGUCUAAAGAAACAUGAUAUGAAGAAAAUGUAGUCUAUUUCAGAAGAACACAAUAGCAUACUCUGAGUUGUCCUUAUGUUAGGUCCUGAUCUGGCUAUGGGCUACACUAGUUCAUUUAGCAGACAUGAUUUGCUUAGAAUUCCCAUGGCAUUAUUUUAUAGUAUGAAGAAUACAAUUGAACAUAGCUGAAUAAAAUAGAAAUGAUUUUUUUCUCCAAACAAUUUGAGGGAGUGUGCACAUGCGGCUAUUCUGUGUUGAGCGGUUAACAAAGAAACAGGUACUCCUAUAUGCUUAAUUUAGGAGUUAUGUAACUUCAGUUGUGAUACAAAUGUUGGGCUAUAUGUUUUGAUUUUUAUACAUUCUAAGGCUGCAUGAUGCGAAUCUAAUAAAAAAAGUUGCAUGAAAGGCAUGAGCUCUGCUUAGUUUUUUUGCGCAAGCUGUACACACUUCAUCAGUCUCUCAUUCACAAUUUGAUAAUGCUUUGAAUUUCCCGGCGGCAUCCCCUUUGUGUGGCCGUAAUGCCCCCUAAAAGAAUCCAUGCCUUUUGCGGCCUGUGGCCGUUGUGCCCUUGGGCUGAAUAUAAUAAUUAUGAUUCCCUUCUCCCGACUGCGCGCUCCGAAGCACCUCUCACUCACAUGGCUCUCCGUCAUGUGAUCUGGUCUUUCUUACAGGCUAUAAGUAAAGUCAUACACAUCGGGGACACAACUGCGCACAUCCUUAUCCAAUUCCGAGGCACAUAUUGAAGAUCUUGGAAGAACUGUCCACAUUUACAGUGGGGGAAAAAAAGUAUUUAGUCAGCCACCAAUUGUGCAAGUUCUCCCACUUAAAAAGAUGAGAGAGGCCUGUAAUUUUCAUCAUAGGUACACGUCAACUAUGACAGACAAAAUUAGGAAAAAAAAUCCAGAAAAUCACAUUUUAGGAUUUUUUAUGAAUUUAUUUGCAAAUUAUGGUGGAAAAUAAGUAUUUGGUCAAUAACAAAAGUUUCUCAAUACUUUGUUAUAUACCCUUUGUUGGCAAUGACACAGGUCAAACGUUUUCUGUAAGUCUUCACAAGGUUUUCACACACUGUUGCUGGUAUUUUGGCCCAUUCCUCCAUGCAGAUCUCCUCUAGAGCAGUGAUGUUUUGGGGCUGUCGCUGGGCAACACGGACUUUCAACUCCCUCCAAAAAUUUUCUAUGGGGUUGAGAUCUGGAGACUGGCUAGGCCACUCCAGGACCUUGAAAUGCUUCUUACGAAGCCACUCCUUCGUUGCCCGGGCGGUGUGUUUGGGAUCAUUGUCAUGCUGAAAGACCCAGCCACGUUUCAUCUUCAAUGCCCUUGCUGAUGGAAGGAGGUUUUCACUCAAAAUCUCAUGAUACAUGGCCCCAUUCAUUCUUUCCUUUACACGGAUCAGUCGUCCUGGUCCCUUUGCAGAAAAACAGCCCCAAAGCAUGAUGUUUCCACCCCCAUGCUUCACAGUAGGUAUGGUGUUCUUUGGAUGCAACUCGGCAUUCUUUGUCCUCCAAACACGACGAGUUGAGUUUUUACCAAAAAGUUCUAUUUUGGUUUCAUCUGACCAUAUGACAUUCUCCCAAUCCUCUUCUUGAUCAUCCAAAUGCACUCUAGCAAACUUCAGACGGGCCUGGACAUGUACUGGCUUAAGCAGGGGGACACGUCUGGCACUGCAGGAUUUGAGUCCCUGGCGGCGUAGUGUGUUACUGAUGGUAGGCUUUGUUACUUUGGUCCCAGCUCUCUGCAGGUCAUUCACUAGGUCCCCCCCGUGUGGUUCUGGGAUUUUUGCUCACCGUUCUUGUGAUCAUUUUGACCCCACGGGGUGAGAUCUUGCGGGGAGCCCCAGAUCGAGGGAGAUUAUCAGUGGUCUUGUAUGUCUUCCAUUUCCUAAUAAUUGCUCCCACAGUUGAUUUCUUCAAACCAAGCUGCUUACCUAUUGCAGAUUCAGUCUUCCCAGCCUGGUGCAGGUCUACAAUUUUGUUUCUGGUGUCCUUUGACAGCUCUUUGGUCUUGGCCAUAGUGGAGUUUGGAGUGUGACUGUUUGAGGUUGUGGACAGGUGUCUUUUAUACUGAUAACAAGUUCAAACAGGUGCCAUUAAUACAGGUAACGAGUGGAGGACAGAGGAGCCUCUUAAAGAAGAAGUUACAGGUCUGUGAGAGCCAGAAAUCUUGCUUGUUUGUAGGUGACCAAAUACUUAUUUUCCACCAUAAUUUGCAAAUAAAUUCAUUAAAAAUCCUACAAUGUGAUUUUCUGGAUUUUUUUUUCUCAAUUUGUCUGUCAUAGUUGACGUGUACCUAUGAUGAAAAUUACAGGCCUCUCUCAUCUUUUUAAGUGGGAGAACUUGCACAAUUGGUGGCUGACUAAAUACUUUUUUUCCCCACUGUACUUUUCAUCAGCCAAUAAAAUGAGUAGGCCUAACGAACAGCAAAAGCACUAGCCUAUGGCAAUCUACUAUCCCCCAUAGUACAAAAGUUGACCUAUUCUGUGUAAGAAAGAAAUAUUCCAAACAUUGUCUGGGACAGUUGUGGGAUGCGAUAGAUCCCAAAUUAAAACAACCACUAGCAUUAAAAAAAACUUUAAGUAAUGAGGCUGACGCAACAGAUCAGAACGUUUAACUUAAAAUGUUGAUAAACUAUUAGGCUAUUUCUUCACAUAAUAAGUGCAGCAAUCCGCACACGGCAGUAGGCUAUAAGCGUGAAUGUUCCAUUAGCAGGAAAACACCAUUCUCAAAAGUGACUGAAGUUGCGAUUAUGCAUUUAAUGCUUUUAUUAUAAAGGUGCAUUUUUAUGGGGACAAUUAUCUUCCCCAAACUUGAAACUCCAGUUAGGCUCUACGCCCGUUGUAAAGCGGAUUAAUGUGCUUAAUUUUAAGAAGUUAUUUUGCCACUUUAGUUGUGAUACAAACCUUAUCAAAACAUAUAGGCCUAUGGGCUAGGCUACAUGAGGUGUGCGACUGAUUUGAAAAAGUCGCAAAAAAAGGCGUGCUGUUUCUUGCCUUAAGCUGGGCAUCAUUCACAAGUGAUAAUAUAUAAUUCACAAGUGAUAGGCUAAUAUUGUCACCCAUCAGACUAUCCUUGAUUUAAUAUUGUCUUUACUAAAUAAUAUACAGUCGUGGUCAAAAGUUUUGAGAAUGACACAAAUAUUAAUUUUCACAAAGUCUGCUGCCUCCGUUUUUAUGAUGGCAAUUUGCAUAUGCUCCAGAAUGUUAUGAAAAGUGAUCAGAUGAAUUGCAAUUAAUUGCAAAGUCCCUCUUUGCCAUGAAAAUGAACUUAAUCCCCCAAAAACAUGUCCACUGCAUUUCAGCCCUGCCACAAAAGGACCAGCUGACAUCAUGUCAGUGAUUCUCUCGUUAACACAGGUGAGAGUGUUGACGAGGACAAGGCUGGAGAUCACUCUGUCAUGCUGAUUGAGAUAGAAUAACAGACUGGAAGCUUUAAAAGGAGGGUGGUGCAAGAAAUCAUUGUUAACCAUGGUUACCUGCAAGGAAACACGUGCCGUCAUCAUUGCUUUGCACAAAAAGGGCUUCACAGGCAAGGAUAUUGCUGCUAGUAGAUUGCACCUAAAUCAACCAUUUAUCGGAUCAUCAAUAACUUCAAGGAGAGCGGUUCAAUUGUUGUGAAGAAUUCUUCAGGGCGCCCAAGAAAGUCCAGCAAGCGCCAGGACCGUCUCCUAAAGUUGAUUCAGCUGGAUUGGGGCACCACCAGUGCAGAGCUUGCUCAGGAAUGGCAGCAGGCAGGUGUGAGUGCAUCUGCACGCACAGUGAGGUGAAGACUUUUGGAGGAUGGCCUGGUGUCAAGAAGGGCAGCGAGGAAGCCACCUCACUCCAGGAAAAACAUCAGGGACAGACUGAUAUUCUGCAAAAGGUACAGGGAUUGGACUGCUGAGGACUGGGGUAAAGUCAUUUUCUCUGAUGAAUCCCCUUUCCGAUUGUUUGGGGCAUCCGGAAAAAAGCUUGUCCGGAGAAGACAAGGUGAGCGCUACCAUCAGUCCUGUGUCAUGCCAACAGUAAAGCAUCCUGAGACAAUUAAUGUGUGGGGUUGCUUCUCAGCCAAGGGAGUGGGCUCACUCACAAUUUUGCCUAAGAACACAGCCAUGAAUAAAGAAUGGUACCAACACAUCCUCCGAGAGCAACUUCUCCCAACCAUCCAAGAACAGUUUGGUGACGAACAAUGCCUUUUCCCGCAUGAUGGAGCACCUUGCCAUAAGGCAAAAGUGAUAACUAAGUGGCUCUGGGAACAUAACAUCAACAUUUUGGGUCCAUGGCCAGGAAACUCCCCAGACCUUAAUCCCAUUGAGAACUUGUGGUCAAUCCUCAAGAGGUGGGUGGACAAACAAAACCCCACAAAUUCUGACAAACUCCAAGAAUUGAUUAUGCAAGAAUGGGCUGCCAUCAGUCAGGAUGUGGCGCAGAAGUUAAUUGACAGCAUGCCAGGGCGGAUUGCAGAAAAAAUACAUGUAAUCUAUGCACUUAAAUAGCAAAUGGAGGACGCUAUUCCCGUGGUUCAUUGUCAUGCCAGCCAGGUAGGCUAUACUCCUGUUGUAAAGAGAAGCAAUGUGCUUAAUAUUAGGAAAGUUGAGAAAUAAAUAUAGUAGGCCUAGCCUAUAGAAAGCUGAUGGGAUUCUCCUCUUUUUAAGAGGCCAUCAAUCUGUUAUCUCAGGCAAUUGCAUAGCCUAUAGAAAUGUUGCACAACAUGAGCUCAUAUGCUCUCAUGAAGUGUUUGAUUAGAUUUUUGAAAACAUUUGCAUUGAUGUCAGAGUGAUUAGAGGGACAAUAGAGUGCUGAGUACCAGGCAGUUAGCAAGUUUGGUAGGCUACUAAUGACCAUCAGCAGCAUCAGAGCUUGGAGAAGCCUAAUUACCGUGACUAAACGGUCACCUGGAAUUUGACUACCGUCAUGACUCGUGACCGCCGGUGUAGCAGUAAUACGGUCACCGUAACAGCCCUAGGUACAUGCACUUGUUUCAUUGUUGGUCCUAAAGAACUAUGUGUUGAAAGUGUGGCUAUUGUUUCAUGCACCCUUGUUAUCAUCAUCAGCAGCUUGCGUAUCUCUUCUCUUAUCUUCCCAUCUCUACCUGUCACUUUUAUACCCCCACUUCAAGGACAGUAAUUACUCGUACAGAGGCCAGGUAUUCCUAGGUCGGGCUACUCCUCAGCUAUGACACUGUCACAUCAGGGCUCGACCCUCAACUUCCACCUUAUCACCUUGGCUUGGGCUAGGGUAGAAUAGAAGGGCCCACCUAUUGGAAUGACACCUGGGCGGAUGACCCCUGGCUAGAAAAGGGUGUCAUGGAACCAUUCCAUGGUACGCCUCCAAAGAGUGAAUUUAAUUCAGCUUAUUGAGUCCAAGCUAAUAACAUGAUAACCAAGCUUCCCAUCCAUGCAACUGGGUCGUCAUGGAAAGAACCGUGUCUGGCUGACAAGGAAGAAAUGUUUUGGCAGUGGAUCUUGUUUUGUGACUUCUCUGUCUUCGCACUGUCAACAGUGAGGUUUUGCAUGCUCAGUUCAGACCCUACAUGUGUUACUGUUUUAUAUUGGUGGUGUAUGCUGACCUUGAAGAAGCAGUGGAGUCCCUUACAGCAUGUGUACCUUCAACAGUUGCUUUGGCUUUGUUGGUUGUUUUCAAUGUGGUUUUACAUGUUCCUCAAUUUGGAUUGCCCCUAAUGUUACUAUCCUCCCUCCCAGCCCUUAAAAGAACAUUCAUUAUAAUAUAGUAAUGUUUCAGUCAAAUGCAAUACAUGUUUAUCAAUGUCGGUUUUAAUCAUGAGAAUAUAUAUAUAUAUAUUUUUUUUUUACUGAAAACUAUAGAUGUAGCCUCGACGUACAUUUUAUUCAUUUAAAAGACACUCUUAUCCAGAGCGACUUACAGUAGUGAGUGCAUACAUUUUCAUACUUUUUCAUUCUGGUCCCCCGUGGGAAUCGAACCCACAACUGGCGUUGCAAGCGCCUCGCUCUACCAACUGAGCCACACAGGAUACAGAUGGGAGAUGGACGUUUUUUUCCCUUUGCACUAUUUCAAACAUAAAGAGUGUACCUGUGUGUUUCAUUCAAUGCCACAUUAAAAACACAAUGCUGAAUCAGAUGUGUUAACAAGAGCAUGCACAACCUACAGCUCAGGACAAAGAGUGAAGAGCAGUAACCCGCUAAACCAAACCACCUCCACCUGCCUCCGGCCUUGGUCCACCUCUGAGCCCACAGGUCAGGUGGGUCAUCGGGUAUCAUGAAGCGCCGUGGCGCAGCCCCUCCCUGUGUUUUCUCUGGGAAAGGAACACUGGCCCAGGGACAUAAUGGUGAUGUGUCUCUCCCUGGAGUGCUUUAUUGGAGCCCAUAACCCAGCAGUUGCAGAAAUUAAUGUUUAAACUGACAACUUUCUGUCUUAACGAAAGAUAUCAGCCAUAAAGAUAGGUGUGUUUUAUGAGGGAUAGUGUUGGAGGUCAAAAAAGCUAGGACUACUUGUGUUCCUUGUUGGAAACCGAAUGAAUGUGCUCAUUUUGCCUUCUCAUCUUGUGUACAUAUUAUAAAUACAGUGGGGGGAAAAGUAUUUAGUCAGCCACCAAUUGUGCAAGUUCUCCCACUUAAAAAGAUGAGAGAGGCCUGCAAUUUUCAUCAUAGGUACACGUCAACUAUGACAGACAAAUUUGAGAGAAAAAAAAUCCAGAAAAUCACAUUGUAGGAUUUUUAAUGAAUUUAUUUGCAAAUUAUGGUGGAAAAUAAGUAUUUGGUCAAUAACAAACGUUUCUCAAUACUUUGUUAUAUACCCUUUGUUGGCAAUGACACAGGUCAAACGUUUUCUGUAAGUCUUCACAAGGUUUUCACACACUGUUGCUGGUAUUUUGGCCCAUUCCUCCAUGCAGAUCUCCUCUAGAGCAGUGAUGUUUUGGGGCUGUCGCUGGGCAACACGGACUUUCAACUCCCUCCAAAGAUUUUCUAUGGGGUUGAGAUCUGGAGACUGGCUAGGCCACUCCAGGACCUUGAAACGCUUCUUACGAAGCCACUCCUUCGUUGCCCGGGCGGUGUGUUUGGGAUCAUUGUCAUGCUGAAAGACCCAGCCACGUUUCAUCUUCAAUGCCCUUGCUGAUGGAAGGAGGUUUUCACUCAAAAUCUCACGAUACAUGGCCCCAUUCAUUCUUUCCUUUACACGGAUCAGUCGUCCUGGUCCCUUUGCAGAAAAACAGCCCCAAAGCAUGAUGUUUCCACCCCCAUGCUUCACAGUAGGUAUGGUGUUCUUUGGAUGCAACUCAGCAUUCUUUGUCCUCCAAACACGAUGAGUUGAGUUUUUACCAAAAAGUUAUAUUUUGGUUUCAUCUGACCAUAUGACAUUCUCCCAAUCCUCUUCUGGAUCAUCCAAAUGCACUCUAGCAAACUUCAGACAGGCCUGGACAUGUACUGGCUUAAGCAGGGGGACACGUCUGGCACUGCAGGAUUUGAGUCCCUGGCGGCGUAGUGUGUUACUGAUGGUAGGCUUUGUUACUUUGGUCCCAGCUCUCUGCAGGUCAUUCACUAGGUCCCCCCGUGUGGUUCUGGGAUUUUUGCUCACCGUUCUUGUGAUCAUUUUGACCCCACGGGGUGAGAUCUUGCGGGGAGCCCCAGAUCGAGGGAGAUUAUCAGUGGUCUUGUAUGUCUUCCAUUUCCUAAUAAUUGCUCCCACAGUUGAUUUCUUCAAACCAAGCUGCUUACCUAUUGCAGAUUCAGUCUUCCCAGCCUGGUGCAGGACUACAAUUUUGUUUCUGGUGUCCUUUGACAGCUCUUUGGUCUUGGCCAUAGUGGAGUUUGGAGUGUGACUGUUUGAGGUUGUGGACAGGUGUCUUUUAUACUGAUAACAAGUUCAAACAGGUGCCAUUAAUACAGGUAACGAGUGGAGGACAGAGGAGCCUCUUAAAGAAGAAGUUACAGGUCUGUGAGAGCCAGAAAUCUUGCUUUUUUGUAGGUGACCAAAUACUUAUUUUCCACCAUAAUUUGCAAAUAAAUUCAUUAAAAAUCCUACAAUGUGAUUUUCUGGAUUUUUUUUUUCUCAAUUUGUCUGUCAUAGUAUGACGAAAAUUACAGGCCUCUCUCAUCUUUUUAAGUGGGAGAACUUGCACAAUUGGUGGCUGACUAAAUACUUUUUUCCCCCACUUCUACUUUUCAGUUUAUUGAGAAGUCAUUGAAAACAGAUGCCCUUCUUUCAAUUAUUGAACUGAUAUGCUUUCAAUUCGAGUUGACCCCUACCCUGUUUCAUAAAUAUGAAUCUGAAGACCUAGUAUGAAGUUGAACUUUUUUGUGUAUCAUUGUUUUGCUACUUGUAUGACAGGAUUGUGGGAUAUGUUAUUUUUUUUUCAUCUCCAAAAUAGAACUAAUAUUUUGACACCUGUGAGUUAUUAUGGUAAGUAGUGAAUGAUGGGGCCAUGACAGGGUGACAUGACAAAGCGAUCUGUUGUGUAGUGAAGUUUUCUUAUUUUCAUCGUCACUUCAUCAACUUUAAUAUAUAUUUUUUUCCAUGUUUCUCUUUUUUUCUGUUGACUAGGAGUAUGCCAAGUUGCAGGUGACUGAGCCUAAGGUCAGAGAGGGCAUGGAACGGGUCGAGCAGCCCACUGAUGACCUCUUCCCAUGCUCCUGCCACAGGAUACCACAG